AUGUCCAAUCACUACCCACCCCCCACACACAACACAACCCCCCCAUCUCCCAAACCCACCACUACGCGACCCCACUACAAUCAACCACUACAGCCAACAACACAUAAAACACGCAGAGAAUGGGGGGUGGGGGGGGGGGGGGGGGGGGGGCAAGGAGGAGAGCACGGUCAGCCGAUUGGUGGGGGGGGGGGGGGGGGGGGGGGGGGGGGGGGUGAUUGCCGGAAUGGGUGGGGGGGGGGGGGGGGGGGGGGGGGGGGGGGGGGGGGGGUGUUUGGUUGUAUGUUGUGA